AUGGACGAUAGCCUGGACACUACGCUACAAAAAUCACCUGCGUUGUUCAAGCACCGCGAGACUCUAAUGAAGAAGCAAGAGAAAGCAUUGGUACGCCUGCAAACAAACCUCGACGAAAGGCUCCCAGAGAUGGGUACGAAGGACGAUGUCAUCCGUCUCAACGUUGGAGGUACAAGUCAAUCUGUGCUUCGAAGGACUCUCACUCAGAUCGAUGGGUCUCUUUUGGAAGCCAUGUUUAGUGGCCGAUGGGACGAAGGACUAUCGAAAACUGAAGAGGGCGAGUAUUUCAUCGAUCAGCCCAUCGAACUAUUUUUGCCCUUGAUCAACUUCCUGAGGGCCCUCGCUACUAAAACCUCUCUUGUGGCGCCACCAACACCGCCGGACUUUUCAAACGACCGGACAAAACAGAGAGACUUUCAUCGUAUGGUGGAAUACUAUGGCAUGAGCCUCGGAGUGUAUCCGUUUGGUCCAACCACCUUGAUUCAUCGACGGAUCCAAGCUCCAGCACGCCGGUUGCGGUCCAUCCGGACUACGAAGUCGAUUCGGUUCAGUCUGCAUCCUAUUGCUUGCUUCCGCUAUCCAAAAGCCAUCCCCACCCGAUCAAAUCAUUCUCGAUCAAGCUGGGUUCUCACACUACAGCGCAGAUUGGCUGGGUGA